AUGACAAAGGUUUUUAUAACAGGGGCAUCAGGCUUUAUUGCUCAACACAUCAUCAAGUUAUUAUUAUCAAAAGGAUAUGAAGUUGUUGGCACUGUUCGUUCAACCACCAAAGGUGAACAAUUGAAAUCAUUUAUGCCUUCGGAUGCCAAAUUCACUUAUGAGAUAGUAAAGGAAUUGGCUACACCUAACUCGUUUGACAAAGUAUUGACUAAACAUAAUGAUAUAGAAUAUUUAUUUCAUACAGCAUCUCCAUUAACAUUUGAUACAGAGGACCCAGAAAAUGUUAUUCUUCAACCUGCCAUCAAAGGAACAGAAAACAUUUUGCAUGCAGCUGCUGAUCAUUGUCCAAACUUGAAACGUGUGGUUCUCACAUCAUCUGAUGCUGCAAUUUAUUCUAAUACUGAUGAAACAAAUCCGACUUUAUCAUUCAAUGAAGGAAGUUGGAACAAUACUUCGUAUCAGGAUGCAUUGAAGGAUAAUAUCACUGCGUAUUACGCAUCUAAGGCAUUCGCAGAAAAAUUGGCCUGGGAGUUUAUCUUAAUGCAAAAACCAGUGUUCGGAUUAGUGGUUGUUAAUCCAUCUUGGGUAUUUGGUCCUAAAGCAUACGAUUUUGAACCAAAAAGAUUUAAUAGUUCCAAUGAAAUGAUUGACGACUUGUUAAAAUUGAACCACGAGAAUAAUUCAACUUUCGAAAAUGUUAGUGGUGGUUACAUUUCGGCAACAGAUAUUGCUAAAGUUCAAGUAUACGCUAUUGAAUCCGACGAGUUAGUAAACAAAAGAUUAUUGAUGACUAAUGGAUAUUUCACUUGUCAACAGAUUCUUGAUAUAAUCAAUAAACACUUUCCAGAAUUAAACCUACCAAAAGGCAACCCUGGAACAGAAGCAGAAGAGUUUAAAAAACUAGCAAGAGUGAACAAUGAUGCUACCAGGAAAUUAUUGCCCUGGGAAUUCGAACCUUUAGAAACCAUUGUCGUUAAUACGGUAAAACAAAUUCUAGAAUCUAAACAAAACUAA